UCCUUUCGUUCCUUUCCAGUUUGCCAGCUGUUUUUGUUGUUGUGGUGGGCUGGAGUGCAAUGUUUAUUUUGAAUCGAGAUCAAAAUGUUUCUUGCGCUUAAAAAAUCGCGGCUGUGUAAAAAUUGCAGCAUUCUGUGUAAACCUUCGACUUUCAGCACCAAUAGUGUGGUUAGGAACCGUGGAUUAACAAGUCACAGAAGUGGAAAUGUGCGAUCUAUUUAUACCGGUGUUCCGCAGUUGUCGCACAGCCCAGAACGAAGGAACGAAGAUUUUCAGCAAUACGGUUUGACUUUCGAUUCAAUUAGCAGCAAACCGCCGAAAGAUGCCAGGGUGGUCAUUUGCGGAGGCGGAAUCAUGGGGGCUGCCGUUGCAUACCAGCUAGCUCAGCGAGGAUGGGGCCAACACACGGUGCUGAUUGAGAAGGGAAGGAUUGGCGAGGGGAAUCCUUGGCACUUUAGCGGUCUGCUGGGAGAGCUGAAACCGACAUAUUCACAAGUUUUACUCGCUCAAACUUCGCUGGAGCUUAUCAAGGAAUUCGAUCGGAAAGGUCUUCCAACGGGAUGGAAGCAAACGGGUUCGCUAAACCUUGCAAGGACCCGAGACCGAAUGACGAUGUUCAGGAGAAUGAAAUCGCAGAGCGUUGCUUGGAAUGUGGAAUGCGAGCUUGUGUCGCCUGAACGCUGCAAAGAGCUUUGUCCAAUCAUCGAAACGGAUGAUCUGAUAGGGGGAUUGUGGAUUCCCAACGAUGGUAUCGGGAACCCGAAUGCUUUCGGACAAAGUUUAGUCAAGGAAUCACUGGAGAAAGGCGUAACUGUCGUGGAGAAUUGUUCCGUCGUAAAAAUUAAUCAACACAACGGUAGAGUCAAAUCGGUGGAUACCACAAACGGAUCGGUAGAGUGCGUAUAUUUUGUCAAUUGUGCUGGAUUCUGGGCACGUCAAGUAGGUCAAUUAUCCGAGCCUUAUGUGAAAGUGCCCCUGCAUGCGGCCGAGCAUUACUAUCUACAUACGAAACCCAUUUAUGAACUUGAGUCCAGCAUACCGGUAGUUAGAGAUCUUGAUGGGCACAUUUAUUUCCGCGAAAACAAUGGGUGCUUGUUGGCGGGUGGAUUCGAAACGAAAGCCAAACCUGCCUACGAGGAUGGUGAUAUCCCGGCAUCGAUUGCGGAACGAAAACUUCCUGCCGAUUGGGACCAUUUCCAUCCCCUGUUGGAGGAGUUACUCCACAGAAUUCCAUCGCUCAAAGAAGCCACCCUGGAAAGGCUUUCCAAUUGCCCGGAAGCAUUUUCACCCGACUGCAAAUGGAUUAUCGGCGAGGCCCCAGAAAUACAAAACUAUUUGGUGGCUGCUGGAAUGAAGACUGUUGGUAUGUCUGCUGCUGCAGGUGUUGGUCGAGCCAUAGCCGACAUUAUCACACAAGGUUAUUCAUCGGUGGAUCUCCACGAGUUGGAUAUUUCACGCUUCCUGGGACUGCACAAUAAUCGGAAGUUCCUCCGGGAUCGAGUGCGGGAAGUGCCUGGCCUUCAUUACGACAUGAACUACCCAUUCUACGAAUUCCGCACGGGACGAAACCUUCGGAUGUCUCCGAUCUUCCCGGCUCUCAAAGAAGCCGGUGCCGUUUUCAGUCAAGUUAUGGGCUACGAAAGACCGGCAUGGUUCGAUAAGAAGCACUCGCUGGAUGAGAAGGGUGUUCCCAAGUUCAAGAUCGCCACCACCGAUGGAUUUGGGAAGCCUCAUUGGUUCGACCACGUGCAACGCGAAUACGAAAACUGUCGGGAGAGAAUUGGACUGAGUGAUUAUAGUACGUUCACCAAGAUCGAUCUGUGGUCUAAGGGGCGAGAGGUGGUGGAUCUGCUGCAGUAUUUGUGCUCCAAUGAUGUGGAUCAACCGGUGGGCUCGAUUGUUCACACUGGAAUGCAUAAUCGUCACGGAGGGUACGAGAACGAUUGCUCGUUGGCAAGGUUGUCGGAAAACCAUUACAUGAUGAUUGCUCCAACGGUUCAGCAGGCCAGAUGCAAGGCGUGGAUCGAUCGUCAUUUGACUCCUGGUGGACGGGUUAGCGUCUCUGAUGUUACAUCUAUGUUCACAGCCAUUUGUAUUAUGGGACCGUUUACGCGAAUUCUGCUGUCAGAACUCACCGAUACUGAUCUGUCACCAAAGAGCUUCCCGUUCUUUACUUGCAAAGAACUGGAUGUCGGGCUUGCGAAUGGAAUUCGAGCCUUGAAUCUAACUCACACGGGCGAAUUGGGGUAUGUGUUGUACAUCCCGAACGAAUUUGCCUUGCACGUUUACACAAAACUGAUGGAAGCCGGACAGAAAUACGGAAUCAAGCACUGUGGAUAUUAUGCGAUGCGAACGCUGCGAGUGGAAAAGUUCUUUGCAUUCUGGGGUCAAGAUUUGGAUACCUUUACCACACCUUUGGAAUGUGGACGAAUGUGGCGUGUUAAGUUUGAUAAAGGGGUAGAUUUUAUUGGAAGAGAUGCUCUGCUAAAGCAACGAGAGAAGGGCGUCGAAAGGAUGUAUAUACAGUUGUUAAUCAACGACCACGAUCCGGAUAUAGAUCUUUGGUGCUGGGGAGGUGAACCAAUCUAUAGAAAUGGAGUAUACUGCGGACAAACCACAACUACAGCUUAUGGUUUCACGUUUAAAAAACAGAUUUGCCUUGGGUUUGUGAAGAACCUGGAUUUCAAGGGCAAACCACUUCCGGUGACGAAUGAUUUUGUCUUGAACGGGGAUUAUGAGGUCGAAAUAGCAGGCAUUCGAUAUCCAGCCAAGGCGAACUUACAUUCACCCAAUCUGCCCACCAAGUAUCCUGAUCAGGAACGUGAGGCGUACAAAGCGACUCGAGACAAAUCUGACGACUCCAAUCUUCUGGCUUAUAACAAGUGGUAAAAAGAAAACUGCACAAAUCAUACACUCAAGCCAUGGGUGUGUAAGAGUGACAAUAUUCAAUUUUAGAACGGAAAACGAUGAAGGCCAUUGAAGCAGCGACACGUAAAAACAGUCCCUGUAUAUAUUUUUGAUUUUUUUCUAUUGAGCACUGAUCAAUAAAGUUUGUCUUCCUGUUUUUAACAUUACUUGAUAUUAUUUUAUAAAAUUGUAUUUAUAGUUUAGGGAGAUGUAUAUUAAACCUAUGACUUAUUCUCGAAUAAAAAACAUUUGAGCAAAA